AAAGGAGUGGCUGCUGGUAGUUCAGUCACCACUGGCUCCUUGCUCUGAGAAUCUUGCACCAGAACAUGACACAACAUUGCAGAAUCAAGGUCAGCCUUUUCCAGGAGGAUUAUAAACAACUUGCCCAACAUGACAGUUUGUGAAGUUCUAUCGCGUGUGCGCCCAAGAAAUAUGAGGGAAGUCCUGUUCUUGAGUAUUCCAACAUGUUUUCUUAUUGCAGUGUGGCUUACAGGUGAAUCUAUCACCAUCACCACUGAUCCUUCAGUUGCCCUUGUUGGUGAGCAAGUAACUCUGUCUUGCCAGCUGACUCCCAGAAUCCCCUCCAACGCAAGUGUGCUUUGGUACAAAGAGGAAAAGGGAAGAGAUGCUCCACUCUGCUCUUCCUCCAGCCUGGAUGGGGAGGUGGAACAGUGCCAGGAUGAAGAACAGUGCAGGAUUAAAGGGCGCUGGGAGAGAAGAAGGUUUCUCCUGACUAUCCAAAAAGCGCAAAUAGCUGACAGCGGGGUGUACUUUUGUGCUGUAAGUGGCAACGCUGUCUCCCAGGAGGUUGUCACUCACCUUGAUAUUAUAGCAAUAGGGAACAAACCAGCUUUGGUAAAGGAUCAGCAAGAGGAGAGCUUGUGUCGCUACACAUGUAAUUCAAAAGGAUGGUACCCAAAGCCUCAAGUCAUUUGGACAACCUAUGGAGGAGGCAAAAAACAUAUGGAGAUCAAGACCAGCAUCACCUGGAGUGAGACAGAUCUUUUUGUAGUACAAAGCAUCGUGGCAGUUCCUUGUGAUGACGUAGAUGUGAAAUGUGUCAUUAUGCUCAUCAAAGAAAAGAUAAACCGAGCUGGAGAACAUCUAUCUUCAUUGACCAAGACAAGCAUCCUAGAGGAGAAGUACAAUAUUUUUGCAAUAGAAAGCUCUGAUGAGACACAUGGUAGACAUCUAGCACCUUCUGACUUGACAACUAAUGGGGAAUCCUAUUUACAUAUUGUUCAGCAGUCAGGAAACCAUGACUCGCUCUGGAUUCUUUAUCUCUUUUGCUUCAUUAUUGCAAUAGUGGAGCUCCAUGCACAAAGAAGAGCAGGGGAGGAUGCACAGAAUGAGACCCUGAAGAAGAUUGAGCAACUGCUGGCACAAAGAAAAGCAGAGGAAGAUGCAGAGAAAGAGACCCUGAAGAAGAUUGAGACUCUGAAGAAGGAGAAUGAGGAGCUCCGUGCCAAGCAUGCGCAAUGUCAAGAGCAGAUUGAGGAACUCCUGAAGCAAGGCGGAAAACAGGAGGAUGCAGAGAAAGAGACUCUGAAGAAGGAGAAUGAGUUAUUGCGUGCACAAAGACAUAAAGUUGAUGUCACCCUCGAUGCUGACACAGCUCAUCCUAGACUGCAAGUGUCUGAAGAUGGGAAGAGUGUAACAGACACCGGUGUGAUCAGAAAAGUGCCCAGCAAGGAGGAGAGAUUUGAUUCCCACACUUUUCUGUUGGCAAAAGAAGGUUACGCAUCGGGGAGACAUUACUGGGAAGUGGAUGUUGGAAAGAAGCGCAACUGGAACUUGGGUGUUGCCCAGGAGACUGUGACUCGGAAAGAGACAGUGGCUCUGUCCCCACAGAAUGGUUUCUGGGUCAUAGGGUUAGCAGAUGGGCAAGAGUAUUGGGCCCACUCGGAUCCCUGGACCCGUUUAACUGUGAGUGGCAGACCACAGAAGAUUGGGAUCUUCCUGGACAUCUCAUCCAAGAAGUUGUCAUUCUUCAAUGUUCAUCAGAAAAAAAUGAUGUAUGCUUUUAGCUUUGUUAAUUAUCACAGCCAGAAUGUGAAGCUUUUUCCCUUCUUCUCAACAGGUUCAUCUGCAACCAAUUCUGACACUGAGCCUCUAAGAAUUGCAAGGGGGUUUGAUGAUGAUUACAAGUGAAUGAUUGAAGUGAAAAUGUACAGUUAAUUAACGACUGAAAAGUGAGUCUGAGGUCCGAGUACACUAUAUUCAGCCCCAUGCUUUGUGCCACCAAGUUGAAAUAUAAAAUUCUUUCACCAUUGCUUGCUAAGUCUUCCGUGAGCCAUUUCUGCAGGAAAACUCUCACUUCAGGCCAC